UAGUAGUAGUAAUAAUAAUAAUAAGCAGUACGAAGUCCUUGAUUCUAUAUCAGUAGCAACACAACCUAGUGAAGAAGUGUGAAGAGCAUGAAGAACCCAGUACCGGCACCAUGAGUCCACAAGUUUUCAUGCUUCCAUGCCAAGCCCUGGAGGCUUUCAGACUUCCCACGUGGUAGCUGCACUUGGGUCCCAAGUGUCGCCCUGCUUGCUUCUAAUAGAGAUCGUUUUGCUCUCUUCCGACGUUGAAUUUACAUAAAAAAAGCUUCAGUGCUCAACACUAGUACCUCUCGUUUGCACUCUUGAGAGAUUCCAUAGGAAUAGCACUCGGUUUCAAGAGAAGGUUUAGCCUUUGUUUAGACCAAGAAAUAUCUGGGUCGCCUCAGAAUUCCUCCAGGGAGAUUGGACGUCGAAGAAGUUGUGGGUUUCGAGAUUCGAGUUUUGCGCAACGGCAACGAAUUUUUUUUGUCGUGAGAGCAUGGAGAUGGACGGCAGUGACGGUUCUGAAGACAUUGGCGCGGAGAGCUCCUACGGAAUCACUUUCACAGCUGAAGACGCAGCAGUGCAAGGAGUUCGCGACGUGGUGCUUCCUUCUAACCUGCUCAGUGCCCUUGCAGGUGUCAGUCCCAGUGCUGCGCCUGGCUAUGGACUCCUCUCAUCCACCAAUCCGGCCUUCAAUGUCGACCACACUCGUGACUCAAUCAUCCCUGGCCCUAAUAGCGUGGAUUUCACCCAGGAGUAUCUCAUCGUUGAUGACCCACAGGACCAAGCCCCCUCCAAUGACGUGGAGGAAGAGGACGACAUGAUCGCGAGUUUACAAAUGGUUGGGGUGAUCCCGUUCAUGCUGGACGCCUUCAAACCCCGAUGCAGCAUUCACAUCGAGUACGGGAAGGUUCAAGCCCUCAAAAACGGUGAUAUCGUGCAUCUUCGAGAAAUUUCUGAUGGCUGUCCAAGCGUAACCAUUAUGCAAUCUGCUAUGCAGGAAAGAGCUACGCUGAUGCGCGGUAAUUUGUUCACGAUUGUUAUGGUAGAACUUGAUGGCGGGCAGUACCUGAACUGGGCGCUGGUGAACGUGUCCGACCAGUCUGGAUCGCAGAAAGGGACUGAAUUGGUGAACUUUGAAUCACCAAGAGAGAAACUUGUCCAGGGGAGGAGGUUGUACUUGUUUGUGGCUUACUGUCAGUCGCAACCUUUUCAAUUGCUGCCUGCCGUGCAGCGUCAGAUCUUCAAUUUGCGGAGUUUUGCUUCUACAUUUGCUCUGGAUGAUCCUGUGGCAGCUGUAUAUAUUACUAUUGCUGCAGAUUAAGCAGUAAAACUUAUAGUAAAUUUAUGUAUCGUAACAGUUAUCAAUCGACACAACGAAGCGCUUGGGCAA